AUGCCGCCCAGUGACAGUGAAGCAGAAUUUCAGGAGGCGCUUCGCCGUUCUCAGCACAUCGUGGUCAUUGCGGGUGCCGGUCUGUCAGCCGCGUCAGGGAUACCCACGUUUCGUGGUACAGGAGGCAUGUGGCGAUCUCUGGAUGCUACGAGUCUAGCUACGCCGAGCGCAUUCGCAGCUAACCCGUCGUUGGUGUGGCAGUUUUACCACCACCGCAGAGUCAAAGCGCUAGCUGCAACUCCCAAUAUAGCCCACGACCUACUUGCCAAGCUGGCAAUACCUAAUUUCCUGAAGACUCUGGCUCCAAUGGCCAAGUCCUUCCACUUGGUUACGCAGAACGUGGACAGGCUGUCCGUACGCGCACUGAACUCCGUCGCAGAGCAGGUACCUGCUGGCAGCAAGCGUGCUGAUCGCCCACGCAUGGAUUGCAUCAUCGAGAUGCACGGAAAAUUGUUCGACGUCAAAUGUACAACCUGUAAUUACUGCGAAGAAAACCUUAGCAGUCCUCUAUGUCCUUCUCUGGGAGAGGCGGACGCAAAGCUCGGUGAUUACCACGAUGCAGGGUCCGUGGCGAACGACAUACCUGAGAGCCAGCUUCCACGUUGUCCGGACUGCGGUGCACUUGCACGCCCGGGAGUAGUGUGGUUUGAAGAGAAACCACUGAGGCUCGAUGACAUCAACAGCAUCGUAUACAAAGCGGAUCUGUGUCUCGUCGUAGGCACUUCAUCGACCGUUUACCCAGCCGCUGGCUAUGCGUACCGCGUCAAGCGCCACAAUGGGGUUGUUGCAGUAUUCAACCUUGAAGCGAGCAGCGGUGACGAUCUUGCAGAUUUCGUCUUCCUUGGGCCAUGCGAGGUUACACUACCGCAUGUGCUAGGUGUGAGUAAGGACAACUAA